AUGGUAAAGAUAUUUGUAGGGAAUCUGAAUCCGAGUUCAAAAGCGCUCGACCUGAGGAAGCGCUUUGAGCUUUACGGGAAAGUGACAGAAUGCGACAUAGUAAACAAUUAUGCUUUUGUGCAUAUGGAUAGUGAGGCAGACGCCGAGGCCGCAAUUGCUAAGUUACACAACUCCGAGUUCGAUGGCGCUAAAAUAAACGUGGAACUGAGCCAUGGUAAACGUUCAUCUGGUGGUGGGGUGAUGCGUCGCCGCUUCUAUGAUCGACGGUACCGGGACGAUUACCGCGAAGAUAGAUUCCGCGGCCCUCCUAGACCGUACCCGGGUGGACCUGUUGAUCCUGGUCGUGACCGUUACGGCUCUUCGUCCUGGGAUGACGGUUAUCAUCGUCCCUAUUCGCAACCCAACGGCCCACGAGGUGAGGCAUAUUUAUUACUA